AUGUCAACUCCCCACCAUGAAACACCUACUCACGUGGCCCAGGUCAUCACCUUUGGGUUCGAUCAGUUCCAGACCUACAUAGGGCCCGGCACCUCCUACACCGAGCGCUCCAAGAACUGCCAGCUCCACCUCAACUUGCAGUACCCCGCCGGCUUUAGCUUCGCCGUCGUGGACAGCGUUUACCACGGCUUCGCCCUGCUCGACCCGGGCGUCACGGGCAACUUCUUCUCGACCUACUACUUCAGCGCCGACGCCGCCAAAACAUCGACAACGCAGACGAGCAUCCGCGGCGGCGGGCCCUGGGCCGCCGGCCAGGUCUACACCAAGCAGGAUAUUGUGCCCGCCGGCGACGUCGUGCGGUCCCCGUGCGGGGGGUCGCAGGCCACGCUCAAUAUCAUCAACCGCAUCGCGCUCAACAGUGAGAAGCCCGAAGCGUUUGGCAUGAUUACAAACGACGACGCGACCGUGUCGCUGCAGCAGCAGGUGCAUAUUGAAUGGUACAAGUGCUAG